CAGCCGUCCGACACAGCCUGCGCGAGGGGCGAAGCUGACUUGCGGCGAAGGCGGGGCUGCUGCUACCCAGGCGUGCCCGCGGCCGCAGGGAUCGGUCCCGGGACCAGGCUGAGCUCGGCACGACGGGCCUGGGGAGAGAAGCCGAGAGCCGCUCCCGGAGCUGGGCAGCGGCGGCGGCGGCGCUGGAGGACCUGAGCGUGCACCUCGCCUCCCGCUGCAGCCGGGCCCCGGGGGCACCUUUCCCGUCCCUCCGGGUGUGGAAUUGCAUAUCUUGCUAUGAUGCCAGGGCAGAUUCCAGACCCAUCCUUGACAGCUGGUGCUCUGCCUGGCCUUGGCCCUUUGGCAGGGUUACCUGGUACAACCUUGACAGCAGAGGAACUGAAAUAUGCUGACAUUCGCAGCAUUGGGGCCAUGAUCUCACCACUACAUUUCCUGGAGGUGAAACUAGGCAAAAGGCCUCAGCCAAUGAAAAGUGAGCUAGAUGAGGAAGAGGAAAGGAGGAAAAGACGCAGAGAGAAGAACAAAGUAGCAGCUGCUCGAUGUCGGAACAAGAAGAAGGAGAGAACUGAAUUUCUGCAACGGGAAUCUGAGCGCCUGGAACUCAUGAAUGCCGAGCUGAAGGCACAGAUAGAAGAGUUAAAGCAGGAGAGGCAGCAGCUGAUCUUGAUGCUGAAUCGCCACCGUCCCACCUGCAUUGUUCGGACAGAUAGUGUGAAAACACCAGAGAAUGAAGCCAAUCCACUGCUAGAACAGCUUGAGAAGAAAUGAAAGAGAGCAUGGUGGACAAGGAGUUGCACAAACAGGGUCUCUGAGAGUCUCUCAUCUAUUUACUGUACGACGAACUCUGCACUGUCAAGAUUAGUGCAGUCAAGACUAAUGAGCUUCCUUAAGGAUUGCACAUUCCAGAUAAAGGAAGAGAGGAAGGAUCAAUGGAACACCGAGGUGGGAAGCUGCCAUUGCCACUCAGAGGCUCAACCUGAGUGGGUGUGGAGGCCAUUGUGAAGGCUUUCCUGGUCGUCCUCACAGUACUUCAACUUGUGGAAGAUCUUUAAGCAACCUAUUGCAGUGCAUUCCAAACCUGGAACAUGUUGGGACACUGAGAGGUAGCAUCAUGGUUCUCGCCACUCCUCUUUUCACAGCGAUUGGUUGAGAGUUAGCAGAGACUAGGUGGAAGCCAUCAACAGGCAAAAAACUGGGCAGACAUUAGUUCCUGUAUCCUCCCCAUUUAGAACCUGCCCUGCUCUCUCUCUCUCUCUCUCUCUCUCCAGAACUAAACCAGAAACCAAGAAUGGCAAACACUUGACACAAGUCCUGCCUCAUUGCUGGGCCUGUCUGUGGCACUGUGGCGCAGGCGCCCCCACAAGCACACCCUCAGUUUAAUGUUUACAGCCCAGCUGUCCAGAGGCCAUGCUUUUAAAAUGCACAUUUUUACACUUUUUAAAUAUUUUUUUAUAAAAAUUUUAUACAGUCUCUAUAUGGAUUUAUAUAAUCACUCGAUGUGAUCCAAUAGAAAUGUAUGUUAUUAUGGUCUUUGUUACAAAUAUAUAUGCCACAGUUAUCUCCAUUGUGUUAUUUGUUUGGUGGUGUCUGGGUCUUUUCCCUCGGCAUGCUGGGAAAUGGCCCUGUGCCUUCAGUCUGGCUCCACUGCCAUGUCCAUCCAUGUAUGUCCUUCAUAAUACUCAGUCCUGUAUCAGUAAAUGUUAACUUUUACUUACCCUCCUAUCUCCUGUGCUUCAUUCUGUGUUCUGAUGCACUGAUUCCAUAAUGCUUAAGGGUUUGUGUAUGCUUUUGACCUACUUCUUCAAAACUGUUGAAAAAAAUAUUUUAAAAUACUUUUUUUUAUAGCCAAAAUCGUAGGGCACCAUAUCUUUAAUUUCACCAGUCUCAUCCCUGAUAUCUUGUGCAUUUGUGUCUAAAUCUUACAUGAGCUCAUGUUAGAAUAUAAAAAAUGAGCUUUCAGAAUUUAAUUUGAAAACAAUCUUUAAUCUGGUGACCAGCUUUGAAUAAUUGGCUAUUGGUGGUAACUCACAACUCGAGUUAAGAUAAUUAUGAUUUGCAUCAAGAUAAACUAUUUCACACAGAAUUGCAUGCAAACGUUGAGGCAUCUCUGGUCAAGUUGUAUGUUUUAGUGAAUCCUUAAGUGAACAGAAGCAAUUAAACAGGACAUCUUUUUGCAAAUUUGAGUGCAUAUAUCCUAUUGAGUAAUAGUAGUUUACAGAUUUAGAAUAUGGAAACAGUGAAUAUGGCUGGUGCAGAAGCUUGGAAGCACUUCCUACUGAUUCAUUAGUACUUUUUUUACUGUAAGGAAGUUCAUAAGGCCCUCAAAAGGUGAUUCACUUGCUAGACCUCCUGUUAGCCAAAUAAAGACAAUUCCAUAAGUAAACAAAUAGUCUGACCUUUGUAACCUUUCAGGUUGUGAUAGUUUUGUCUAUGUUCAACAGCAUGGACUCCUUUAAGCAUCUGUCUGGGCAUUUGAAAAUGAAAAUAAUUCACUCUUACAAAACCAGGGAAGACUGUAAAAU